GGGGGGGGCUGCCCACACCUCGGCGGCCCAGCCGAACGGGCUCUGGCUCCUCCCAGCGGCCGGCAGGGGCGGAAGCAGGAGGCGGGGUAGCGUGUUCGCUGCCGGUCUCUGCUCCCCCGGCGCUGGGGCCCGCGCUCCGCCGCAGCCGCUGCUGGAUUCGGCGCUUCGCCGGCGGCCAGUUUCCCUCCGCGACCUCCCGCUCACCCACCAGGCCUCUCUCUCUCCGUCGCGGCCCGUGGCGUCCACCCGGCCGGCCCUCUCCCGCCCCGUCGUCUCGUUUCUCUGGCCGCCGCGGCCCCGGCCCCGAUGGCUCUGUGCAACGGAGACUCCAAGCUGGAGAAUGCUGGAGGAGACAUUAAGGAUGGCUGCCACCACUAUGAAGGAGCCGUGGUCAUUCUGGAUGCGGGUGCUCAGUACGGGAAAGUCAUAGAUCGAAGAGUGAGGGAACUGUUCGUGCAGUCGGAACUCUUCCCAUUGGAAACACCAGCAUUUGCUAUAAAAGAGCAUGGAUUCCGUGCCAUUAUCAUCUCUGGAGGACCUAAUUCUGUGUAUGCAGAAGAUGCUCCCUGGUUUGAUCCAGCAAUAUUCACUAUUGGCAAGCCUGUUCUUGGAAUUUGCUAUGGCAUGCAGAUGAUGAAUAAAGUAUUUGGAGGUACUGUGCACAAAAAAAAUGUUAGAGAAGAUGGAGUCUUCAGUAUUACCAUGGAUAACACAUGCUCAUUAUUCAGGGGCCUUCAGAAGGAAGAAAUUGUUUUGCUUACUCAUGGAGAUAGUGUAGAUAAAGUAGCUGAUGGAUUCAAGGUUGUGGCACGUUCUGGGAACAUCGUGGCAGGUAUAGCAAAUGAAUCUAAAAAAUUAUAUGGAGUACAGUUCCACCCUGAAGUUGGCCUUACAGAAAAUGGGAAAGCAGUACUGAAGAACUUCCUCUAUGAUAUAGCUGGGUGCAGUGGGACCUUCACUGUGCAGAACAGAGAACUGGAGUGCAUUCGAGAGAUCAAAGAGAGAGUAGGCACAUCAAAAGUUUUGGUUUUACUCAGUGGUGGUGUAGACUCAACAGUUUGUACAGCUUUGCUGAAUCGUGCUUUGAACCAAGAUCAAAUCAUUGCUGUGCACAUUGAUAAUGGCUUUAUGAGAAAACGAGAAAGCCAGUCGGUAGAAGAGGCCCUCAAAAAACUUGGAAUUCAGGUCAAAGUGAUAAAUGCUGCUCAUUCUUUCUACAAUGGAACAACAACUCUACCAAUAUCAGAUGAAGAUAGAACUCCACGAAAAAGAAUCAGCAAAACCUUAAAUAUGACAACAAGUCCUGAGGAGAAAAGAAAAAUCAUUGGGGAUACUUUUGUUAAAAUUGCCAAUGAAGUAAUUGGAGAAAUGAACCUGAAACCUGAGGAGGUUUUCCUUGCCCAAGGUACUUUACGGCCUGAUCUAAUUGAAAGUGCAUCCCUUGUUGCAAGUGGCAAAGCUGAACUCAUCAAAACCCAUCACAAUGACACAGAGCUUAUCAGGAAGUUGAGAGAAGAGGGAAAAGUAAUAGAACCUCUGAAAGAUUUCCAUAAAGAUGAAGUAAGAGUUUUAGGCAGAGAACUCGGACUUCCAGAAGAGUUAGUUUCCAGGCAUCCAUUUCCAGGUCCUGGCCUGGCAAUUAGAGUAAUAUGUGCUGAAGAACCUUACAUUUGUAAGGACUUUCCUGAAACCAACAACAUUUUGAAAAUAGUAGCUGAUUUCUCUGCAAGUGUUAAAAAGCCACAUACGCUGUUACAAAGAGUCAAAGCCUGCACAACAGAAGAGGACCAGGAGAAGCUGAUGCAAAUUACAAGUCUGCAUUCCCUGAACGCCUUCCUGCUGCCAAUUAAAACUGUGGGUGUGCAGGGUGAUUGUCGUUCCUACAGUUAUGUGUGUGGAAUCUCCAGUAAAGAUGAGCCUGACUGGGAAUCUCUUAUUUUCCUGGCUAGACUUAUACCUCGCAUGUGUCACAACAUUAACAGAGUUGUCUAUAUAUUUGGCCCACCAGUUAAAGAGCCUCCUACAGAUGUUACUCCCACUUUCUUGACAACAGGGGUGCUCAGUACUUUACGCCAAGCUGAUUUUGAGGCUCAGAACAUUCUCAGGGAGUCUGGUUAUGCUGGAAAAAUCAGUCAGAUGCCAGUGAUUUUGACACCAUUACAUUUUGAUCGGGACCCACUUCAGAAGCAGCCUUCAUGCCAGAGAUCUGUGGUUAUUCGAACCUUUAUUACUAGUGAUUUCAUGACUGGUAUACCUGCAACACCUGGCAAUGAGAUCCCUGUAGAGGUGGUGUUAAAGAUGGUCACUGAGAUUAAGAAGAUUCCUGGUAUUUCUCGAAUUAUGUAUGACUUAACAUCAAAGCCCCCAGGAACUACUGAGUGGGAGUAAUAAACUUCUUGUUUCACUAAA